UUGACAACCCUGGGUGAGGCAGUGCUGCAGACGCUUGUUUAUUUUCCUGAAUUUUCCCGACUGCGACUGCGAAACGGAGCCACCAUGCCCGAGUUUAUGCUGUGCCGGAUCUGUUUGACAGACCACAUUAACGCGGACACGAUGUCGCCCCUGUUUGACGAGGAGGACGAGGAGUGUCGAGAGCUGGUCCGCAAGCUGGAGGAAGUGGUCAGCAUCAAGCUGGUGCCGCUGCAGGACAUUCCCAGUAUGCUGUGCUUGAACUGCCUGGACAAGCUGACCAACGCCCAUGACUUCCGGCGGCUGUGCCAGGUGGCGCUCACCACCAAUGUGGUCAAGGCCGAGCUGAAGGUCGAGCCCACCGAUGAGGUGCCGCAUAUAGUGGCGGAGUACAUCUACGAGGCCACCAGCGAUUUCAUCAAUACAGAGGAGGAGGGCAUGGAGCUGGAAGCCAUGCUGGAGGAACGCCUGGAGGACGGCAUUGCGGAAACGGAGCAGCCCUACGAAAUAGACGCCGUGGCGGAUGAACUAGACGAAAAUGAGUUGCUAGUGCAUCAGGGCAGCGACAGUGACUACAAUCCCGGCGAGCGCUGUCGCAAGCCAAAGGUGCGCAAGACCCGACACAGCAAGCGUGGUCGUGGACGACCCCGCAACGCUGCUAGUAAUGCCCAGGAGAUGACACCUGUAGCCUUAAACUGCAAGUCCUCGCCCGAGGAGACCACCACGAACAUCAUGUGCGAGAUUUGCGGCAAUAUAUACUCCAAGCGGGCGGCGCUCAACAUACACAUGCGUCGCCACAUGGCCGAAAAGCCUUUCGAAUGCGAAAUCUGCAGCAAAACCUUUGCCGGUCCCUCGGAGUUAAAUCGCCACAUCCGCGUGCACACGGGGGAGAAGCCGUUCAUGUGUAAAUACUGCAACCGGUCUUUUGCAGACCGCAGCUCUAACAUCAGGCAUGAGAGGACCCACACGAAUGAGCGACCCUUUACCUGCCCCACCUGCGGCAAGUCAUUCUCCUAUUCGAAUGUGCUUAAGAACCACAUGCUUACCCACACGGGAGAGAAACCCUUCCUAUGUCGACCGUGCAAUAAAAACUUCUCCCGUAAACAUCAACUGGAGCAGCACAUCGGGACAAUGACCCACCAACUGACUAUGCGAAAGCACCAGAAUAACGACGCAAUGCGACACACGGAGCUCUACUAGUCGUCCCUAACGAAUGCAAUUAACGUAAAGCCCUAUUAUUAUUAUUAUUAGUAAUUGUAAAUAAAAAGAGUACAAAUGGUC